GCUGUCUGAGUAUUUCCUAGUGGAACGCGGCUUUUAGUGGUGGGAAAGUGUAGUGCAGUGUGAGGUGUCGCAUUGCUUUUGUCUCGUUUUGUCCUACGGCAUGCCGGAGUUACGGGAGUGAAGUAGAUUUUGCGGCCCAAUUUCGCAACUCGUGGAACGUGUGAUAUUUUAAAGUGUUCAUCGGAGUGAUAUCAAUUUGAUCUAAAUGAUACCUACAGGAUAAGUUUGGUGAAAGAAAUCGUCGUCUGGAUUAAUAAAAUCGAAAAAUGAGCGUCUUCCAUCGGCCCUUCGUGGGCCUGCUGGUAUUGUGUUUCGUGAUCUCCCUGCUGUUGGCUCAGAGGAAUGAUGGCGAACGGUUGAUGAGUCACGUGGAGAAACAACGCUACGAUGGCUGGUACAAUAACUUGGCCCAUCCAGAUUGGGGCGCUGUAGAUAAUCACCUAACUAGGAAAGCUCCACCCGCCUACUCGGACGGUGUGUACGUUCUAGCAGGCUCCAACCGACCCUCACCACGCAAGCUAAGUCGAUUGUUUAUGCGUGGCAAGGAUGGGCUGCCCUCCAAGUAUAAUCGCACUGCCCUACUGGCCUUCUUUGGUCAGGUCGUUACGAAUGAGAUUGUUAUGGCGUCAGAGUCUGGCUGUCCAAUAGAAAUGCAUCGGAUAGAGAUCGAAAAGUGCGAUGAAAUGUACGAUCGUGAGUGUCGCGGGGAUCGAUACAUUCCGUUCCAUCGAGCUGCCUACGACAGAAACACGGGCCAGAGUCCGAACGCCCCCCGAGAACAGACUAAUCAGAUGACCGCUUGGAUCGAUGGUAGCUUCAUCUACAGCACAUCGGAGGCGUGGUUGAACGCGAUGAGGACGUUUCAUGAUGGACUUUUGAUGACGGAUAGAGACGGGGCGAUGCCGGUAAAGAAUACGCAGCGUGUGCCGCUGUUCAACAAUCCUGUACCGCAUGUGAUGCGAAUGCUUAGUCCAGAGCGAUUGUACCUACUGGGUGAUCCACGAACAAAUCAAAACCCGGCCGUUCUCUCGUUCGCUAUUUUGUUCCUGCGUUGGCACAACGUAGUUGCCAAACGCGUUCGCAAACAGCAUAGAGACUGGACGGACGAGGAAAUCUUCCAACGAGCUCGGCGAGUCGUGAUAGCUAGUUUACAAAAUGUGAUAACAUACGAGUACCUGCCAGCGUUUAUGGACGCAGAACUGUCACCCUAUUCAGGGUAUAAAGCCGACACUCAUCCGGGUGUUAGUCACAUGUUCCAGGCUGCUGCGUUCCGAUUCGGGCAUUCUUUGAUACCGCCCGGUAUAUUCCGGCGCAAUGGCAAAUGUGAAUUCCGUAGAACCAACAUGGACUAUCCGGCACUAAGACUGUGUUCAACUUGGUGGAAUUCCAAUGAUGCCCUGGAAGAAACUCCAACCGAGGAAUUUAUUAUGGGAAUGGCAUCACAACUUUCCGAACGUGAAGAUCCCCUGCUUUGUUCCGAUGUCCGAGAUCAACUUUUUGGGCCCAUGGAAUUCUCCAGGAGAGAUCUGGGUGCUUUGAAUAUAAUGCGUGGACGAGAUAAUGGCCUGCCCGAUUACAAUACAGCUAGAGUGGCAUAUAAACUACCAAAGAAGAAAACUUGGCGUGAUAUCAAUCCGGAUGUGUUUGAAAAGAAUCCUGAACUGUUAGAAUUGCUUAUCAAAACAUAUGAUAAUCGUUUGGAUAACGUGGAUGUGUAUGUAGGAGGCAUGCUGGAAUCGGAUGGAAAACCAGGAGAGCUGUUUACGGCGGUCAUCAUCGAUCAGUUUACUAGAAUACGAGACGCUGAUCGGUUUUGGUUCGAAAACGAAGAUAAUGGCAUAUUUUCCAAAGAAGAAAUUGCAGAACUUCGCAAAAUCACGAUGUGGGACAUCAUUGUUAACAGUACGGAUAUUGAAUUUGAUGAAAUCCAGAAGGAUGUAUUUCACUGGAACGAAGGAGAUCCUUGUCCUCAACCGGAACAAUUGAAUGCAUCUCUGUUGGAACCGUGCAAUCACCUUGAAGGUUAUGACUAUUUCUCCGGAUCGGAAUUGGCCUACAUUUAUUCUUGUGUGUUUCUUGGAUUCGUUCCGAUUAUCUGUGCCGGGGCUGGGUACUGUGUGAUCAAGCUGCAAAAUAGCCGUCGGAGGAAGUUGAAGAUUAAACAGGAAGCUCUCAAAUCAAACGGAGUCGGAAAGACAUCGGUUGAAAAGAUGGUGGCACGGGAAUGGCUCCAUGCCAAUCAUAAGCGAUUGGUGACGGUGAAAUUUGGUCCCGAAGCUGCCAUUCAUACGGUGGAUCGGAAAGGGGAAAAACUUAGAACGUUCAGUUUGAAAAAUGUGGACAUAGUGACCGUGGAACAAUCACAGGAAAAUUACAAGAAGAAGAAACCUUACAUACUGCUUCGAGUACCAAACGAUCACGAUCUCGUAAUGGAGCUGGAAUCGAAUUCUGCCCGGAGAAAGUUUGUAAAGAAGUUGGAAGAUUUUCUUCUUUUGCACAAAAAGGACAUGACUUUUGUGGAAGUUCAGCGCGAUCUAAUGCUGGCUAAGGCGGAAACUCGUGAACGGCGACAGAAACGAUUGGAGCACUUCUUCCGGGAAGCGUACGCAUUAACAUUUGGCUUGCGGCCCGGUGAGCGGCGGAGACGAUCGGAUGUUUCGACUGAUGGCGAAGUUAUGACGGUAAUGCGAACCAGCCUUUCAAAGUCGGAGUUUGCUGCCGCCCUGGGAAUGAAACAGGAUGACAUGUUCGUCCGGAAGAUGUUCAACAUUGUUGAUAAGGAUCAGGAUGGACGAAUAUCGUUUCAGGAAUUCUUGGAAACUGUUGUGCUUUUCUCUCGUGGUAAAACGGAUGAUAAACUGAGGAUAAUUUUCGACAUGUGUGACAAUGAUAGGAAUGGAGUAAUCGAUAAGGGCGAGUUGAGUGAAAUGAUGCGAUCGCUUGUAGAGAUAGCCAGAACCACCAGUGUAACGGAUGAUCAGGUGAAGGGACUAAUCGACGGAAUGUUUCAGGAUGUUGGCUUAGAGCACAAAAAUCAUCUCACUUAUCAAGAUUUCAAACUUAUGAUGAAAGAAUACAAGGGAGACUUUGUGGCUAUUGGAUUGGACUGCAAAGGAGCGAAACAAAACUUUUUGGAUACCUCAACGAAUGUAGCCCGGAUGACAUCGUUUCACAUUGAGCCAGCAUCGGAUGCACGACGAAACUGGAUGCAGGAAAGAUGGGAUAGUUAUACUACCUUCCUUGAGGAGAAUCGACAGAAUAUUUUCUAUCUGUUCAUCUUUUAUGUGAUCACGAUUGUGCUGUUCGUGGAAAGAUUCAUUCACUAUUCCUUCAUGGCCGAGCAUACAGAUCUAAGGCAUAUAAUGGGAGUAGGAAUCGCAAUCACUCGUGGUUCCGCCGCAUCCUUGUCGUUCUGUUAUUCACUGCUCCUCCUCACUAUGUCUAGAAAUCUGAUCACUAAACUGAAAGAAUUCCCGAUUCAGCAGUACAUUCCGCUAGAUUCCCACAUCCAAUUUCACAAGAUCGCAGCUUGUACGGCUCUAUUUUUCUCGGUGCUUCACACCAUCGGUCAUAUCGUGAAUUUCUAUCAUGUGUCAACCCAAUCUAUUGAAAACCUGAAGUGUCUAACGAAGGAAGUGCACUUUACGUCAGAUUAUCGACCGGACAUCACAUAUUGGCUGUUUCAAACUGUUACAGGUGUCACCGGUGUUCUUUUGUUCGUGAUUAUGUCAAUCAUUUUUGCCUUUGCACAUCCCACGAUCCGCAAAAAAGCCUACAAGUUCUUCUGGAAUGCCCAUUCAUUGUACGUUUUGCUGUAUAUACUGUGUUUAGUUCACGGGCUGGCCCGUCUUACCGGUGCACCCCGGUUUUGGCUGUUUUUCAUCGGCCCCGGAAUAAUCUACACGUUGGAUAAAAUAGUCUCAUUGCGUACGAAGUACAUGGCGUUGGACGUUAUUGAAACGGAUCUGCUUCCAUCUGACGUGAUUAAAAUCAAGUUUUACCGUCCCCCGAAUCUCAAAUAUCUUUCGGGUCAAUGGGUGCGUUUGUCCUGUACUGAAAUUAAACCCGAAGAAAUGCAUAGUUUCACGCUGACGUCAGCCCCGCAUGAGAAUUUUCUCAGUUGUCAUAUUAAGGCGCAAGGGCCGUGGACGUGGAAAUUACGGAACUAUUUCGAUCCCUGUAACUAUAACCCUGAUGAUCAACCAAAAAUUCGAAUCGAAGGUCCAUUCGGAGGCGGAAAUCAAGACUGGUACAAGUUUGAGGUCGCUGUCAUGGUAGGUGGGGGCAUCGGAGUUACCCCGUAUGCUUCGAUUCUGAACGAUCUGGUGUUCGGAACCAGCACCAAUCGGUACUCCGGGGUAGCCUGUAAGAAGGUGUACUUCCUGUGGAUUUGUCCAUCCCACAAACACUUCGAAUGGUUCAUCGAUGUUCUGCGGGAUGUGGAGAAGAAGGAUGUCACCAAUGUGUUGGAGAUUCACAUCUUCAUUACACAAUUCUUCCACAAGUUCGAUCUGCGAACGACUAUGUUGUACAUUUGUGAAAAUCACUUCCAACGGUUGUCGAAAACGUCUAUGUUUACCGGUCUGAAAGCGGUCAAUCACUUUGGUCGUCCUGACAUGUCCAGUUUUCUGAAGUUUGUACAAAAGAAACACUCCUAUGUAUCGAAGAUUGGAGUGUUCUCUUGCGGACCCCGCCCACUAACCAAGAGCGUCAUGUCGGCAUGCGACGAAGUAAACAAAGGUAGAAAGUUGCCAUAUUUUAUUCAUCAUUUCGAGAACUUCGGCUAAGCAGCGCCAUCAAACGCGAUAGGCUUUCUCCGCCCACACCGUGUUUUGCUCAUUUGGGUUGCUUCGAUUCUAACCGUAAUUGUUUGCCCAUAGUUUAGCCAAAUUAAGUUCUAGAAUGAUCACUAGCGAUUAGCAACUGUCACUCCCUCUUAGACGCAUAAGUUUUUUUUUGUUCAAUCCAUUCGCUAGGAUGUUGAUUCGAGUCUAUGUUCAUGUAAUGAAGUAUUAGCCCAAGUGCCUUGAUGGCCAAUGAGCGUAUUUAUUUUCUGUUUGUGAAGAACUAAAACUAUGAGAUAUUCAUCAGAAACAAACCAAUAAACCAUUUUUGUUGUCCUGUUCAGUAGAUAGGUUAAGUUGGUUGAAACCAACCAGUGCAUCAUAUUUUAUUAGUCUAAGUGUAAGCAAACGUGAGUGAUGUUACCAUUAAUUAUGUCGAAUCAAAAAUCCUUCAUAUUGCGAUAGUAACAUUUAUUUAACUGCCUGAUUUCAUUUGAGCAAGAAUCUGUGAGUAUGAUUAUCGUUAAGCUUAACCGAAAAGCUGCUAGUGAUAGAAACAUCUAAUUAAAGAAUCAAAAAUUAAUUUGAAUUAGAUGUCACCAAUUUAACAUCGUUAUAUACUUACAAGCCGCUUCAAGCCGAUUCUUUGUACAACUGUAUUUUAAAUUAAUUGCUGCUCUAUUCUGCCUUUGUUCAAGUCUGCAAUUAUUGUUCAUUUUCAUGUAGAUGUGUUUUAAAUAGGAAACGAUUUUUGUAAGAAUUGUAAAUAGUUGCCGUUAGCAAUCUGUAUUUAUUAUCUUAAAUAAAGCAGUCGAUCUAAAAAACCUUUAA